GCGCGCUCACCUCUGCCUCCAACGGCUGCGGCCGCGCGUGGUGGGAAGCGGAAGUGCUCCCUUGACCCGGAAGUGGAAGACAGCGGGAAACGGCCCGAGUCAUCGUCGAAAAAUGGACAGACUUUUACGACUAGGAGGUGGUAUGCCUGGACUUGGACAGGGCCCACCGACUGAUGCCCCAGCUGUGGACACAGCAGAACAAGUCUACAUCUCUUCCCUCGCUCUGCUAAAGAUGUUGAAACAUGGACGAGCUGGCGUUCCAAUGGAAGUGAUGGGUCUCAUGCUCGGUGAAUUUGUCGAUGACUAUACUGUCCGUGUUAUUGAUGUUUUUGCUAUGCCUCAGUCAGGCACGGGUGUUAGUGUUGAAGCUGUUGAUCCUGUGUUUCAAGCCAAAAUGCUGGACAUGUUAAAGCAGACAGGCAGGCCUGAAAUGGUUGUUGGCUGGUACCAUAGUCACCCUGGCUUUGGAUGCUGGCUUUCAGGAGUUGACAUCAACACGCAGCAGAGCUUUGAAGCCCUGUCAGAGAGAGCUGUUGCCGUAGUAGUGGAUCCUAUUCAGAGCGUAAAGGGGAAGGUUGUUAUUGACGCCUUUAGACUGAUCAAUGCAAAUAUGAUGGUGUUGGGACAUGAACCGAGACAAACGACUUCAAAUCUUGGACAUCUCAACAAGCCAUCUAUCCAGGCUUUGAUUCAUGGAUUAAACAGACAUUACUACUCUAUCACCAUCAACUAUCGGAAAAAUGAACUUGAACAAAAGAUGUUGUUGAACUUGCAUAAGAAAAGUUGGAUGGAAGGGCUGACACUUCAGGACUACAGUGAGCAUUGUAAACUUAAUGAAACCGUUGUGAAAGAAAUGCUAGAAUUGGCCAAGAACUACAAUAAGGCUGUUGAGGAAGAGGAUAAAAUGACCCCUGAACAACUGGCAAUUAAAAAUGUUGGAAAACAAGAUCCAAAACGUCAUUUGGAGGAGCAUGUCGAUGUGGUGAUGACUUCAAAUAUUGUACAGUGCUUAGCAGCAAUGUUGGAUACAGUUGUAUUUAAAUAGUGAACUGUAAUAUUAUAAACGUAUUGAGGCAUUUUGUUGUGUUUUAUUAUGAGGCAGUUUCUACUUAAUUCACACUAUCAUUGAGACUGCUGAAGACGACCUAAAACCACAACCAUUACAUCUAAAGCUGAGAACAAUCGUGCAGUACCUGCCUUUGUUUUUGAACCAUUCUUCAGGACAAAUGGAUUUCAGCUCUGUUUUUCCCAUUUUGUAAAAAUAUAGUCAAAACGAGUGUCCAAAUUUGGUUUUUGGUAUUUGCACUCGUGCAAAUUUUUGCAUCUCAAAACUACCAAUAAAAUAAAAGUUAAAACUGUUCUUUGUUACGUGACUUCCCACUGUCACAUACAAACAGAUUUGUGCUGCCUUAAAUUUAAAAAAGUGUUUUGCAAUUUCUGAAGACUUCAACCUGAAAUGCGGUAGCAUUUCUAAAGCCGAAAUCUCGACUAGAUAAAAGCAGUUAGAUGUUCCCUGAUCCUUGUUUAUUAAGAGUUGUUCUGCACUGCAGAGGUAGCACAUGUCUAACACCUCUAGGGUCGGAGCUGUGAAUAUGGCAGAUGCUAAGGUCAAACUAGAGUCUAGUCUGUGAAGAAUGACAUUUCUGAACCAACUGCUUGGCACGGGGAACGUUAGGUACAUUAACCCACUAAUUCAUGAAUAAGACAUGCACAAGAUUUUUUUUUGAGAAUGUUAUGUUACGAUUAACCUUGCUACAAUCCAGCCAUAACUUGCAAUGACUGGUGGUUGUAAACGACAGUACUCAAUAGUCAUUACAGAUUGUUAUAAAAAAAUGUUUCUAUCAUUUAUUUGUAAGGGGUUGGUGGUUUUACAGUAUCAGGAAUAAAUAGUGUAAACACA